UUACUUACAUAUUUACUUACUAACUUAUUAACUAACUAACUAACUAACUAAGUUAUUAACUAAGUUAGCAUGGUGUGAACCCAUCAUCAUCAUCAUCAACAACAACAACACAACGUGGGUUGUGGCCCUAUAAACCCCAACAACCUGAACCUGGGAAUAUUAAACAAAUUGGAUACAGCAAAAAUCUUCAUCAUGGGUGAAGCACCCUGCUUCCAGGAAUUGUUUGCAAAUUUAAUCACAAAACUGAAAGAGUUAGAUAAAGUGAUGGAGGUGAGCAGUCACUUUGGUCCUGACCGUAGUCUUGAGGAGAUGUUUUCAUACCUCUGGGGCUUAGAUGAAGCUCAGUUUUACCUUAAACCAACUCUGUUUCAUUUGGGUAAAUCAGAUGCUGAGUCUGAGAGACUUCGAGCCGAGGGCAACCGAUUUUACCAGAGAAAAUUUUUUGACAAGGCUCUGAAACUUUACAAUCUUAGCAUAAUGUCUGCAUCUCAUCCAAAACUACCACUGAUGAAAAGAGACAUUAAUAUAAUUAUAAAAAAUCCAGAUAUACUUGAAGCUUUCGAGACAAGUAAUGAAGAUUCUUACAGAUCUCUGGCAUUGGGAUAUGCCAAUAGAUCUGCGGUGUUGUUUGAAUUAGGACAACACAAAAAAUGUAUAAAUGAUAUCACUAUGGCUCUCAGGUAUGGCUAUCCAAAGUUGUUGCACAUUAAGUUAGCUGAAAGAGCUGCAAAAUGCCUUUUAGCUCUAAAAAGAGGAGAGGAAGCUAAACAUUUAUUGCGCUCUUCACUUCAAGCUUUAAAUGCCAUAUCAUUAGAUGAGACAAAAACUAGGGCAUCAAGGGAUGCCUUGCAUCAGUUGCUGCAGCAGUGUCAAGAUGAAGGAGGGGUAAAUAGUUUGCCUCUGGAGCCAGAGUGUCUUGGUACGUCAUCGUGCUUUUCAUCCGCUGCCAAACAUCAGCUUUUAUUUACAUACAAAACUCCCGAGCCGCCUGAAUUGUUAUACCGUCACCCCACAAUACCAUCCUUGAGCAGUGCUGUCAGUUUGGCUUUCUCUUCUACACAGGGACGGUAUCUUCUGGCGGAAAGAAGCAUUAGUCCAGGUGAGGUGUUAGUGAUUGAAGAGGGUUAUAGUAGGGUGCUCCAGCUAGAUUCUUCUCUGCGCACCCAUUGCUCUGGUUGCCUGGCCAGAUGCCUUACUCCACUGCCAUGCCCAUCUUGUUCAAAAGUAAUAUUCUGUAGCAGUGAAUGUCAAGCAAGAGGAAUUGCUUCAUAUCAUGGUCAAGAAUGCAAAGUAAUCCCUUCUUUGACUGCACUAGACAUGGGCAAAAAUUCUGUACUGGCCAUCAGGUUACUGAUACAGACUUCAUACCUUCACCUAAAAAACAUGAUACCUGUCUUCCUCACCGAAGCUGAGAACUGUCCCCCAGAGGCCUUAGGAUUUAAUGGCGAAGGAAUAUAUGAUUCCUCAGAUUACAGGACGAUUUAUCAUUUAGUUACCAACAGGGAAAGUCGCUCUGUCAGUGACCUCUUCAAAAGGUGUGCCAUGGCUCUCAUUUUGACCAAACUAUUGCAAGAAAGUGAGCAGUUUUUUGUGAAUGCUAUGGGUGAACCCUUCACUCCCACACAUGAUGAUAUCAUGCUGGCCGGCUGCACCCUCUUUCUUCACAUGAUGAACCUUCCCUGUAAUGCUCACUCCAUCACUGAACUUCAGGUGGACGUGAGUAAUUACCAGAGGAGUUCAUCCCAAGAAAUUGGCUGCGGAGCUUUCGGAGUACUGAGUCUCACUAAUCAUUCUUGCAACCCAACAGCAGCACGCUCCAGCUAUGGCAGCAUUGUCGUGUUGAGGGCCAUACGCUUUAUCUCACAGGGGGAGGAAGUAACUGACUGCUAUGGUGAGCACUAUGGCAUAAAUAACACUGAAACGAGGGUAGCUAAACUCCUGCAGCAGUACUAUUUCAGCUGCACCUGUGACCCUUGUAAGUUUAACUGGCCCAGCUAUCUUGGCUUGUCAUCAAAGCUCAAGCUAAAAUGUUUGAAAUGUUCAAAAGCAAUAAACGUUGACCAGGGUCUGUGUACUAAAUGUAAACUGAACUAUAAUGAGUCUUCAAGUAAUGAUGUCAGCACAAAUGUACACUUGUACAAUUGCAAGGAUAUUGGGCAGCAGAUUCAACAAGCAGUUGUCAGCUAUGAUAGCGCAUACAACAGCAUUAUAGAAGGUAAAAAUUCAGCAGAAAAUAUACAACUAGUGUGUGAUAUUAUUAAACUUAUAGAUCAGUAUGUUGAGCAACCAAAUAAAGUGUAUUUUGAAGCUCAGGAAACUCUGAAACAUUGUCUUGAUAGGCAGGGAUCUUGUGUUUUCAAGAAGGACUGAUUAUUAAAGUUGUACAAGUUGUUUUGUUGAAAAUAUUUUCUUUUAUGUAGUACAGGAGGGCCCCAUUUUUAUGGCUCUUGGGUUCCUGACCCCCGGUGGUAAGUAAAAAUCAGCGGCGAAUGGAAAAGAGCGGUUUUUCAAUAUGGAGUGCGUCUAAAAUGCCUGAUAUGUUUACAUGUUAUGGAGAGCUCAAUACAGCUAGGCAUAAAAAAAACAGAUACAAAGGUGAAAUAAAUUCACAGUACAUACAAUAUGUACCCUAAAAUAUGGUGUUGAUCACCCUUCCCUCACACAACUUACAUGAAAACAGCAGAAAAGGGGAAAAAGCACUUAACAUAAUGAACAGUGGCUCAAUUGAAAAUGUGGAACACUGAAAAGAGAUUGUCUAAUACAUGGGGCCCUCCUGUACACUAUAUCAAAAAUAAAUACUGUAGUAGCUUACUUGUGUAAAUAUUUUAAUUUUUAUAUCCAAGGAAGUAUAAUAAUAAUAAUAUAUUUCAAGAAAUCUGUAAUUAAAAGUUUGAUAUUCAGUAUAUUUUUCAAUUUUAUGCAGUACAGUGGACCCCCGGUUAACGAUAUUUUUUCACUCCAGAAGUAUGUUCAGGUGCCAGUACUGACCGAAUUUGUUCCCAUAAGAAAUAUUGUGAAGUAGAUUAGUCCAUUUCAGACCCCCAAACAUACAUGUACAAACGCACUUACAUAAAUACACUUACAUAAUUGGUCACAUUCGGAGGUAAUCGUUAUGCGGGGGUCCACUGUAUUACGUAUAUUUAGAAUCACUAUUUUUUAACAGAGCAAAAUUAUGGUGCUGUAUUUUUUAUCAAAUAAAAAUAAAUGGUGCUAUUCUAUUACAAGUUAUGAACUGUGUGUUUAGUGGUGUCUUACCUCUGCUGCAGCUCUCUGACCUCUGUGUAACCCCGGUUUCCUACACCAGCUGUACUGCCUGUCUUUUCAGCUAGUCUUCUCCUUAACAUCACCCCUACCCUCCCAUCAUCUCUCUCAUCCACCAUGAAGCACUGAAUAACCCAUAUGGGUUUAGUGUUUUCCAUGAACGUAAUGUACAUGCAGGCCCCAGUUAUACAGCAAGUUAGGUUUCAGGGUUAUUGUAGGGCCUUGCUUAUACAGCAGGUAAAGGCAAAGGUACAAAGUCAGAGUUAAAGCUACUAUAUUAGUAUUAUUUAUUUUACUGUAACUUAAAGAAAAGCUAAGAAAUAAGCUGUGCCUUAUAAAGUUUACAUCUGUAGAUCAGUAGCCCCCAACCUUAUAGUAUGAAAGAGCCAACUUGAAAAGCCAAAUCAAAAGGAAGGCUACAGUUGCCAGGUAUAUCCACAUAAAUCAUGCAUAUGAGAAGUGAAAGCUGGUUGCUGGAGGCAGUAAUAAGGUUUUAGUGUAAAAUAGCUUUAAAUAUUUCGUAAUUGUUGACACUGUGCAGUGUGAAAUGUACUUAAAAGUGAAUUCAUAAUUUCAUGUGAGGGUACCAUCCAUUUCCUAGAAGGGCCACUCGCAGCUCCCAGGCCACAGGUUGAGGGCUAUUGUUCUAGAUAAUCUAGAGUCUGCUGCCAAGGAUGAUAUUUCUUGUACAGUGAUACAUUUUUAAUGUAUCUAAUAUACAUUUUCUUUCUUUCCAUGAAAAAAAACCAUACCAUGGGCGGAGUUAGAACUCGCAAUCAGAGAGUCUCAAAACUUCAGACCAUCUCGUUAGCCACUGGGCCAGCUAGCCACAAUAAGAUUCGUCCAACUAGGUAUAUUUAUACACCAUAGGAAAGUUAGCAUAGGCACCACUGUGACCAGAGGCUAACGCGACAGUCUGGAGUUUUGAGACUCUUAUCGUGGGUUCUAACCCCGCCCGUGGUAUGGUUUGUUUGCAAUCAUGCCAUUACGAUUUUGUGAGUCAAGUUCUUUCCAUGAUGUAAAUUUUUAGCAAGCAUAAUUUGAUAUUUUCAAAAGCAUAUGUACAUUUAUAAUUAUUCUUUAUUCUAUAUUAGUUUAGUUAUUAACUUUAACUAAUUUUAUAUACCAGUACAUUGUGCAGUAUGGAUUAUUUUGAACACAGUGCAUAUAUAACAGUAAGUUCAUAUCUGUAUUAAUGUUGGUAGAAUUACCAACAAUAUAUCAGGUAAAGGGACACAUGUGCAAAUAAUGUGACAUUUUAUUGUGGCAGCAUUUCGCUCUCCAGGAGCUUUAUCAAGAGCAACGGCUUGAUAAAGCUCCUGGAGAGCAAAAUGUUGCCACAAUAAAAUGUCACAUUAGUUGCACUUGUGUCCUUUUACCUAACAAGUUCAUAUCUUUAGGAUCUACACUGUUCAGCAACAAGCUCUCUCUCUGACAAUAAUUCUAUAAUGUCAAGUUUCCAGACAUAUUACAGGUGUGCUUGUAGUUAACCAUGACCUGGUUUACUACCUCCUGGUCUCUCUCCACUUUUUCAUCCAGGUCAUCUCACUUACUUCCUGACCUUCAUGAUGCUGAAGACAUUUCCUGACAUCCUUGUAAUUUGUCUCUGUUUUUAACUAUCAUUCAUACCCAUUUUCCAUCCUGUACUCUCCUAGAGUAGUCGAAAAUACAUCCUUUGCUCUCCUGCACCUAUCAUGUAUUCUACCAGAGCACUCCAACACCUGUCCUGUACUCUCUCAGAGCACUCCACCCAUCCUGUACUCUCCCAGGGCAGUCCAAAACACAUCUUGUACUGUCCACCUACGAAACAAUGUUGAGUAUUUUAUUUACUCAAUUUUUUGUGUGGAAAAAGACACUUAUGUACGAUUCAGAACAUAUAUUAGAGGAAAUGUUUUGCCAUGAGUGACUUUUUAGUUCAUUAUGACUGAAGAAGACAUUUGUGGCCUGAACUGUACAUAAGUGUCUUUUUCUACAUCUUGUCAGUAUCACCAGACUAUUUUUCACUAAUAUUUUGUAAGGUAGCCACAUUUGUAUACAAAUCAUCUAGCAUUAAAUUCUUUUUCCUGAGAAUUAUAUGGCUAUUAAACCAGACUGAAAAUUUACACCUCUAUGAAUAUAAUAAUAUAAGGAGAGAGGAACUGUAUGGGCCUUGAACUGAUAUCUACAUAGCCACUUUAUCAUUGCGCCAUAGACAAGUUCCACAUCUAACCUCUUACAAAAUCUUAAGAGAUGUGAGAAGAGAAUGUACACUCUGGAGCCCACUUACUGCUCACUAAAAUCUCUAUAACACCCAAACUGCUAGAAACACUUUAAGCAUAUGUACUUGGAAUGCACCCUCUGACAUGGAAUGACAUCUAAACUGUUGUAUCUGCACCUCUAGCAAGACAGUGAUAGUGUGAAUGAUGAUGAAAGUUUUUUUUUUCUGGUCGCCCUGCCUUCGUGGGACAUGGCCAGCAUGUUAAAAAAAAAAAAAAUUGAGGGUAGGAGAGAGAACGUAUGUACACUACACAGAAUAUUCUCGAGGGUCAGGUCUCCAAUCUGCAAAUUACCAUAAAUAUUUAUUGGAGAGAGAUGUAUAGAAUGAUGAUUAAAAUUUACCCAGUGAAAAGCAGAGGUGCCAUGUGGACUAUUUAAAAAUGCUGUAAAUAUCUCUGGCUAGGUAAGGCUAGGUAAGGUUUGUCAGGAAACAGGACAAGUGUUUCCUAAUGUGGGUCUUUAGUCAUAAUGACCCGCAGCUGGAGCUUUUGGUCAUAUGACCGAGGCCUUCCACUAGCUUACCCUUCCACCACUUUAUAAACUGUGGUUAUGAUUAUAACCAUUUUGUGCUCCAAGACACUUUUAACUUUCUACCGACAAUUGUUGAAUACAUGUAUAUUGCCUGAAUAAGAGUAGAGGAUUUCAACAGGAGCUGGACUAGAUUCUGCAAAAGUAUCAAGGCAGCCAGGAUAUGACAGAUGCUAUGUUUAAGGCUGUAAGCUGUGAGUAGCAACAGCCUGGUUGAUCAGGCAGUCAGCAAGGUGGUCUGUCCUUGGGGACAAGUUGUGAGCCAGAGAAUUCUGGAAACCAGUCAGAAGAAUGUCGAGAGACUUGCCUGCCUCACACUUGUUGAGUCUGUAUAUUGAAGCUUAAUAUCCACAUUAAGAUGCAGUGACCUUGCUCUUACCUUUGAAAAUGAAGGCCUUGAUACCAGCAAAAGGCUAUUGAUCCAAGGCAUUUUAGCUACCCGUUUCUUCCUUGGAGUGAGCCGGAUUUUAACUAAUUUCAUUAGGGGUUGAGAGUUUCCCAUGAUUAUAAUGUUAAUAAUAAUAAUUUAUGCUUUUAACUGGAUGACAUUAUUUUGAUGUUUCUUGAGGACUGAAAAUUGAUCAUAAUUAAAGUUCUUGCAUAUUAUUCUAAUAAUUAUUAUAUCUUCUUAAAUAGCUAUCACAACUUUGGGGCCCAGUCCCUGGACCCACUAUGUACCUCUGUAGUCCUUUGACUACCACCCACACCAUGGGUAUGAAGUGACUACCACCCACACCAUGGGUAUGGAGUGACUACCACCCACACCAUGGGUAUGGAGUGACUACCACCCACACCAUGGGUAUGGAGUGACUACCACCCACACCAUGGGUAUGGAGUGACUACCACCCAUGCCAUGGGUAUGGAGUGACUACCACCCACACCAUGGGUAUGGAGUGACCACCACCCACACCAUGGGUAUGGAGUGACCACCACCCACACCAUGGGUAUGGAGUGACCACCACCCACACCAUGGGUAUGGAGUGCAUAAUAAACAUAUUAAACUAAACUUCUUAAAUAAUGUUAACAUGAUUUUUUGUGUGUAGUAUAUCAAUUUUGUUGUUAUUUUUACUUCAUAGUGUUGUUAAAAUUCAUAUGAAGAAUUUAUUGCAUACAUGGUUGUAUACUGUAUACAUGAUAGUUGUAUUGUUUUGUGUUUAUUUAUUCUACAUUUUAAGUACCUAUUCUCUGCAGAUUAAUAAAAGGAAGUUUUAUAGAA